AUGAAAGACUAUCAGGAAUUAAGCCAAGAAGCAAAUAAAGAAGAGCGAGAUUUUUUGCUGAAAGAAAUUAAAAAUUUAAUUGAACAAAAAGAACAGUUAAUUGAUAAAAUUAAAGAGCAGAUAAUUACCGAGGAAGGAACCGAGCAAAAUAUUGUUAUCGAAAUUCGUCCCGGCACAGGAGGCACUGAAGCCGGUCUUUUCGCCCGUGACCUUUAUCAAAUGUAUGAGGUAGAAAUGGUGGAAACCGAUGUUGACAAAGAAGGUAAUUUUAAGUUUGUCUCUUUUCUCAUAAAAGGAGAAAAUGUGUUUAAUUGGUUAAAAAACGAAGCAGGAGUUCACCGAGUUCAAAGGGUUCCUCGGACCGAAAGUAAAGGAAGAAUACAUACUUCCACUGCUAGCGUCGUAAUUUUGCCAGAAGUUCAGGAUGUAGUUUUAAAUAUUCGUAGCCAGGAUUUAAAAAUUGAGACUUAUAGUUCUGGUGGGCCGGGGGGGCAACAUGCUAAUAAGACCGCCUCCGCAGUGCGGGUUUUCCAUAUCCCAACCAAAAUAACAGCAACUUCCCAAGAUGGCCGCGAUCAAAGAAUUAAUCUCAAAAGAGCCAUGUCCGUUCUCAAAGCACGAAUUUUAGAGAAAUUACAAGCUGAAAAGGCAAAAGAAGUAGGUAAUUUGCGUUCCUCUGCAAUUGGCACGGCGGAAAGCAACCAAGAAGUCAAGGCAACCAAAAAAGUAGCCAGCAAAAAACUAAUCGUUAUUAAAUUUCUUUCUCCUCUCCAUCCACUUCGCAUCAUUUUACCAAAAAAAAAAUUUGCUUAUUAUCGCCAAAAAAUUCGUCGGACACCUCAAAAAGACCGUGAAAAGGCCCUGGAUAAAUAUCUGGUUCCGGUCUUUGCUCUGGUGCGGGAAAUUAUUAAGCGAAAAAUAGGGCUUUUGUUAUUCCCUACCCAAAUAUUUGGCGGAAUAGUGCUUCAUUAUGGCAAUAUCGCCCAAAUGAAUACGGGGGAAGGAAAAACUCUCACCGCCUUUUUGCCGAUUUGUCUCAAUGCUCUCCUGGGGCGAACGGUUUUUGUCAUUACAAAAAAACGACUAUAUAAUGAUUGCACGGUCAUUUACACUACCGGCAGCGAAUUAGGAUUUGACUACUUACGAAAUAAUUUAGUAACUAAUAUUGAAGCCAAAAAAAAGCAAGAUUAUUAUUAUGCAAUCGCCGAUGAAAUUGAUUCGCUUUUCAUUGAUGAAUGCACUAAUCCUCUCAUUAUUUCUCAGCGGGUUCAAGGAGAAAAUGUCAUUAAUCCAGCCGAAUAUCAAUUAGCCACCAAAUUAGCCAAUUCAUUGGUGGAAAAAAAAGAUUACAAGGCCAAGCACUUUUAUCACAAAGGUAUCGAAUAUAUUGUUGAUAGAGAGGAAGAAAAAUUGGUGUUGAUUGAUGCUUUGACUGGUCGUUUGGUGCCAAAUCGGGUUUACGGUUCCGGUAUUCACCAAGCCAUUGAAAGCAAAGAGAAUUUACCGGUCAGCAUCAAAAGCAAAACCAUUGCGACUAUCACCUACCAGAAUUUUUUUCGCCUCUUUGAUAAAUUGUCCGGCAUGACCGGAACUGCUGCCAGCGAAGCCGAGGAAUUUCGCCAAGUUUAUGGCAUGGAAGUGAUUGCUAUCCUACCUUAUCGAAAAUUAAUUCGCAAAGAUUAUAAUGAUUUAAUUUUCUGGGACAAAAAGAGUAAAUAUGACUAUAUCAUAAAAUUAAUCAAAAAGAAUCAGAAAACUUUUCGUCAACCAAUUUUGAUCGGUUCUCCAAGCGUGGAAGUAUCCGAGCACUUAUCCUCGCUAUUGAAAAAAGAAAAUAUUCCUCAUAAUUUACUUAACGCAGUCAAUCAUAAACAAGAAGCCGAAAUAAUUGCCAAAGCCGGGCAAAUUGGCACCAUUACCAUUUCCACUAAUAUGGCCGGACGGGGGACUGAUAUCAUCCUCGAUCUGGAAUUUCUCCUAUUUAACUUGAAAUUUGUGGCUGAUAAACUUGAUAAUGCUAAUACCAACGAGGCCAAACAACAUAAAGAAGACGCCAAAAAGAUUAGGAAAAAAAUUAAUGAAUUUUUGAGAGAAUUGAGAGGCAAAAAAUAUACGAAAAAGGUUAGAGAGAUAAUUGAUAAAUUCAUGAAAGGAUUAGGUGUGCUUGGAAUAGAACGAAAUACUACUCGCCGGGCUGAUAACCAGUUGCGGGGCCGGGCCGGUCGUCAAGGGGACCCUGGCGAGAGUCAAUUCUUUGUCUCUUUGGAGGAUGAAAUGUUAAAAAAUUUUGGGGUUAAAGAACAAGUAGGUAAACUUUUCAACCAAAAACAAUUAAAAGAACUUUUUCACCGCCCGUUAAGUGGAAAAGUAUUCAAUUAUCUCAUUUCUGAACCCCAAGAAACUUUACGGAAUUCGCAUGCUUCUAACCGCCAAUAUCACCUUAAUUACGACUUACUUAUUAAUCGGCAAAGACAAUUCAUUUAUAAUUACCGUGAUAAAUUAUUAAGUGCUCUGGAUCUAACCAAAAUAGUUAAAAAACGAGGGCAGAAAAAACCAGGGAAAAUGGUCCCUAUCGAACAAGAAUAUUUAAAAGCCCAAACAGACACCGGAAAAGAUAGCGUUUUCUUUUUAUGUAAACUUACGGAAGGGUUAGAUAUGGGCGGAUUGAUUGCUAACACAUUAGUGUUUGUUUUUCCUAAAAGUGAGAAAGAAAAAAUUAAUAAUUUGAGUGGUCUUUUGAAGAUUAACGAUUUAUUUUCUGAAACUGGAAAACCGUAUUUUUCUUUAGCCCAAGCGAAUACCAUUGCGAAAAAAAUGCCCCCUUCUUUUUUUGAUAAGGUUAAUUUAAUUUUAGAUUAUAAUUUCAAAAAAGGUGAUAAAGAAUUUAAGGUCAAAACUGAUUAUUUUGUUUCUCUCAAAACUUAUAAGGAAUUAGAAUUAAACCCUGAUUUUAAACAUAGUAAUGCGAAUGAUUUGUCUACUAUUACGGCAAUUAAAGACCGAAUAUUAGCCGACAUUAAAAAUAAACGGCAGGCUAAACAAGGAGGAAGUGGCCCCGGUCCUGGUAAUCCCGGCUCUCCUGGCACUCCGGGCGGACCAGGUGAUAUUCCUAACAAUGGAAAUGGUCCAACCACACCCACACCUGGCAAAGACAAAAAUGAUGCUCCUCCGCCCUCCGAGGAUGAGGUUGAAAAUAGAUUUAAUAAUGACCCAGCCAAGCAACAAAUAGAGAAUAAUCAGCAACUUACUGAGGAUGAAAAACAAGCGGCUUUAAAAUUACUCAAAACCCUAAUCUCUGCGGAGAUUUUAAUCGAAAAAGGACAAUUUAAUCAAUCAAUUUCCGAUGAAUUACUUGCAGAGAAAAAUAAGCAAUCUACUGCUUAUAAGACUCUUAACGAGCGAAUAGAUGGAGUUAUUGAAAGUUUAAAAAGCCUCAAGCAAACCUCUCAAAAUAACAACCAGCCAACCCAGAAUAAAGAUGAAUUUCCUUUCUGGAUUCUCCCGGUGGUAAUUUGCUUGUCAGUGAUAUUAAUUGGAACAAUAUCCUUUACUUCCCCAAAUUUGUCCGAGGAAGAAGUAAUUCAGGCCAUUAGCGAGGGGAUAUUGUUUGGGACUUACCAGCCAAUAAAUUUCAAGGAAAAGAUAGAGCCAAAAAAAAGCGGUGAUUAUUAUUUGAUAACGAAAAAUAAAAAAGCCGCUGAAAUAUUGACUAAAACACAAAUAAAAUUAACGGCUGUCAAUUUUGCCCGCGAUUUGCAAGACGCUCCGCCGAACAAAUUACACGCUAAGGAAUUUGCCAACCAGAUUAAGGAAAAAUUCAGCAAACUUAAAAAUAUUGAAGUAGAGAUACUAGAAAAAAAGCAAAUCAUCAAAAAUAAAAUGGGUUUAUUAUUGGCCGUUAAUGCUGGCAGUCAUCACGAACCACAGGUAGUAAUUUUACGCUAUUUUGGCGAUAAAAAAAACAAAAAUGUUCUAGGAUUGGUAGGAAAAGGAAUAACUUUUGAUAGUGGUGGUUAUAAUUUAAAACUUUCACAAUAUUUGCAAUGUAUGAAAUUUGACAUGUCCGGAGCCGCCGUUGUAUGUGCUUCUUUUCUGGCUUUGGCUCAAAAUAAGCCGAAAAUAAAUGUGAUAGCGGUGGCUUGCUUGACCGAAAAUGCGAUUGGAGGCCACGCCACCCUCACCGAGUCGGUUAUAACCUCAAUGAGCGGAAAAACGGUGGAAAUUAAUAAUACGGACGCCGAGGGGCGUUUGGUUCUGGCUGACGGAAUUACUUAUGCCAUUCAAAAAGAAAAGGCCAAUAAAAUUAUCACAGUCGCUACCCUUACUGGGGCCGUAGUGGCAGCAUUAGGGGAAAAUUUGACCGGUGUCUUGACUAAUAACCGAAAAUUUUAUCAAUUACCAAUCACUCUAGAAAAUACCAAAUUCUUAAAAGAAAACACUACCAUUGCUGACAUCAGCAAUAUUAGCAGCAGCCGCUACAUGGGGGCUUCCAACGGAGCUGCUUUUUUACAAGAAUUUGUAGAAAAAAUGCCCUUUAUUCAUUGCGACAUUGCCGGAACGGCCUGA